AUGGAAAUAAUUGAAUGGAUUGGAAUGAUAGUUGUGUGUUACUUUGGAUAUUUAUUCAUAAAAGAGUUUAAAGUAAUGUUAUUUGGCAAUUAAAAUAUACAAUCAAAAUAUGGUAAUGGAUGUUGGGCUUUAGUUACAGGAGCCACAGAUGGAAUAGGAAAAGGAUUUUGUUAAGUAAUGAAUUUUGAUUAAUUUCAAGUAAUUAGCUUAACAAGGUGUUAAUAUUUGCAUUGUUGCUAGAAAUAAAUCAAAAGCAGAGAAUUUAAUAGAAGAAUUAAAGAAGGUUAAUGAUAAACCAUAAUAUAAAAUUGUGAUUGCUGAUUUUCAGAAUUGUCUUUAAGAAUCUUUCUUCUAAAAAAUAUAUUAAGAAGUGAAAGAUUUGGAUAUUGGACUUCUAAUCAAUAAUGUUGGAGUUUUAACAGUUGGAGAAUUUCAUAAGACAUCUGAUAUUGAUCAAUAAAAUUAGAUUAUCAUAAAUUGCAUCCCUGUUGUGUUUAUGACAAAAUAUCUAUUACCUAUCCUCAAGAAAAGAUAAAGGUCAGGAGUUAUAUGUCUUUCCUCUUUAACAGGAAGAUUUGCAUAUCCUUAUUAUCAAGUAUAUUGUGCAACUAAAGUAAAAAUUUAUAGUAAAUAUAAAGGCAUUUAAUGAUUAUUUUACUAGAUCCUUGGAAAUUGAGGUUGAUAAUGUUGAUUUUUUAUCAUUAAGACCUGGAUAUGUUUAAACUGCUAUGGUCAAAAAUUAAUCUGAUCUUCUUACAGUUUCAACAAAGCAAUGUGUCACAUCAGCAUUGUAGAUUAUAUAAUAAUUAUAUUAGAUCAUAAUUGGGAUAUAAGGAAGCAACUGCAGGACAUCUGAUCCAUAGAAUAUAAACAUUUAUUUUUAGUUUAGCUGAAGGAAAACUUAUGGAUAUCAUAUCACCCAUUGUUGCAAAAUAAUUAUAUAAAUAAAAGCAUUGAA